UUUGCAGCAAUACAACUCGCCCCCCUAUCUCCAACUUCCCACACUCGUUCUCAACACCCCCUUGCUCUCCCCUCACCUCCCAAUGGCGUCGAGCAUGACCUCGUCACCCCCGAGCUCCACCAGCUCACUCUCAUCAUCAGCAGAACACGCAGACCACGACCACCACCACAUUGACAGCCCGAUCGAAAGCCCUUCCCACAUCAUCACAGAGCUCGCACCCUGCCCGGAUAACGAGGCGGGCGGACUCCGUCUCCGUCUCUCCACCGCCGUGGCCGACGCGACCAUUGACGCGACACCAGGCAAGGCUCAGGACAGCCCAAGGAACAAGGAGACCUCCACCAACAACAGCGCCGUCGCCGCCGCCGUCGCUGGUCACCACACGAAGACAAAGCACAAGUCCAAGCCAAAGUCGAGCAGGCUCAAGAGUCCGAUCCUGGAUGCGCUCAAACUCCCACCCCUCAGCGAGAUCUCGAUCCCGCGCCCAGUUCAGAUCAAGUUUGCACCAUUGCACAUUCCUCCCCACCGUCGCCUGCAGACCGCGGCCGUAGCAACCUUUGCGUUGCUUCUCCCCAUCACGCUCAUCCUCUACCUCUUUGCAUUGUCAUUCCCGUGCACAUGGCCAGUCCUCGUUCCAUACACCAUCUGGGCGCUCUACAUCGACAAGGCACACAUACACGGCGGCCGUCCAAAGGAAUGGGCACGCCGUCUUUCCCUGUGGAAGUUCUUUGCCCAGAGCAACUUCAGCAUCCCCGUCUAUCGCGAGAUCCUCAUGUUCCAGGGCAUCAGCUCGGUGUCGCGCCGUUCAUGCCACAACAUUCUGUCCAAGGGCGCCGGCAGUGCAAUUGCGAUUGUCGUGGGCGGCGCCGCAGAGUCGCUCUCCGCCCACCCCGGCACCCACGACCUGACCCUCAAGAGACGGUUCGGUUUCAUCAAGGUGGCUAUCCGCGAGGGUGCCAACCUGGUCCCUGUGUUCUCCUUCGGCGAAAAUGACAUUUACGAACAACUUGCCAACGAGAAGGGCUCGACUGUGUUCAAGCUCCAGAAGCAGUUCCAGCGAGUCUUCGGCUUCACGCUCCCUCUGUUCCACGGCCGUGGUAUCUUCAACUACAACUACGGUCUCAUGGUGUACGUCCCACCAGAAGAGCAGGACGAGGUGGACCUCGGCUGGAUGCGCGAGGCGCUGGUCAUGGCCGAAGAAGCCCUCGACAACGACGAAGUGCCCGUCGGCUGCGUGUUCGUGAAGCACGGCCGCGCAAUUGCGCGUGCGCGGAAUCGGACAAACGAGUGGAGAAAUGCCACCCUCCACGCCGAGCUCGAAGCAAUCGACCACCUGCUGCCCUUCAACCCUGCCCCGCUGUCGGAAAUCACGCUCUACGUGACCGUCGAGCCGUGCGUCAUGUGCGCCAGCGCGCUGCGGCAGAUCGGCAUCGGGCGCGUGGUGUACGGGUGCGGCAACGACCGCUUCGGGGGGUGCGGGAGCGUGCUCGACGUGAGCACCUCCGACCUGCUCGACACGCACAAGGCGUACGACGCCGUCGGGGGGUACUAUCGCGAGGAGGCGAUCAUGUUGUUGCGCAGGUUUUACAUGAGCGAGAACCAGAACGCGCCCAACCCCAAGAAGAAGAGCACGCGCGUGCUCAAGACGGACAUUCCUCCGCCGCCUAGCGCGGGGACGACGCCGGGCAGCUCGCGCCCGCCCAGCGCGGCGCCUGGCCGCGAGGACGAGGAGGAGGGGGCCGCGACCGUGGUGCCGCAGGCUGUUGGACGGCAGGGGCUGCCGAUCGGAUCGACGCUCGCGUCGACGCCGCGCGGGAUGACGCCCGCGCCAUGAGGCACAGCUGUGCCAUGACGAUGC